UCCCAGAAUCACACUCACGCUGUUGUUUCUCAGUCCACUGCAGGUAGAUUGAGACCGGAGGAUACAGAAGCUUUCACGGAAACGGGAAUGAAGAAAACACUCUCCUCUAACAUCCUAGGAGGAGGAAAACACGGUGUCACAUGGUUCCUGCACUAAACUAGAUGAUUUUCUGCUUCUUUUAGUAGAAGAAAUUUGACAGACAAUCAAGUGAGAGCAUCGGCAGCCUUGGUGAUCUCACAGGAAAGUGGUCUCCUUCCAUUCCUUCUCCAGUCAGUUUUGGUAUCACAAUGGCAGAGCAACUAAACCUUCCAGAAAAUACAGAUGACUGGACAAAAGAAGAUGUAAACCUAUGGUUAGAAAGCCAUAAGGUUGACCAAAAGCACAGGGACACCUUGGUGGCCCAGGAUGUGAACGGUGCCAUCCUGAAGUGGUUAAACAAAACGAAUCUUGUGGAUAUGGGCAUAACCCAUGGACCAGCUAUCCAAAUAGAAGAGCUCUUCAAGGAAUUACUGAAAACAUCCUCUCGAGAUCCUACUCAGACAUCCAAGAGGAAAAAAGGCAGUAAAAAUAUUCCCCCAAAACAAACUGUGAAGCAAAAGGAAAGUAAAGAGACUUUGGAACAAAAACAAAAGAAUAACAACGAUUCAGAUGUGUCCAAUGCCACUACGAGUCCAGUGGCUACAGGCUCCAAGUCACUGAAAGAUGAGCUCAUGGAAGAUGAAACAGAUGACUUAAAGGAGAAGCAGCCAUGCCUAGAACCAACAUGUAUCCCAUAUCCUUUCGAUGAAUCCAGUGAUCCAUAUCGUUAUAAAUUACAUUUCAUUCUACAGCCUGAAACUGGAUCACGCAAUCUCAUCGAUCCAGCACGUGAGUUCAAGGCCUUCACAAAUACAAAAACAGCCACAGAAGAGGAUAUUAAGAUGAAAUUUAGCAACGAGGUUUUCCGAUUUGCCUCAGCUUGUAUGAAUUCACGUACCAAUGGCACCAUUCAUUUGGGAGUCGAAGACACACCCCAUGGAAAAAUUGUUGGUGUGCAAAUCACCAAAGUCACUAAAGAAGCCCUAAUUGAACACUUCCAUAAGAUGAUACAUCAGUAUUUUGAAGCACGUCAGGUCCAACAAGCAGAGAAGUGCAUUCGAGAGCCCAGAUUUGUGGAAGUUUUACUGCCAAACAGUACUGUAUCUGACAGAUUUGUUAUAGAAGUGGAUGUCAUUCCACAAUAUGCAGAAUGUGGAGAGGACUAUUUCCAGAUCAAAAUGCAAAACUGUAACAACAAAGCAUGGGAACAAAGUUCAAAAUACUCUGUCUUUGUGAGAGAUGGGCCCAAAUCUAAGGACAUCACAAAAAGUAAGUCGGACUUCAAAGCUUUUAAACUAGACUUAAAAAAAGUGGCAGAGUCUAGGAAAGAAGCAGAAGAAAAAUACAAAGAAAAGCCAAAUAAAAACAAAAGUGAGGGGUCCAAGCUAGUUAAACUGUUGACAGGAAAUCAAGAUUUGCUGGACAAUUCAUUCUAUGACUGGUACAUUCUUGUAACAAAUAAAUGUAACCCAGAGCAAACAAAACACUUGGAUUUCCUCAAGGAAAUCAAGUGGUUUGCUGUGUUAGAGUUUGAUCCCGAAUCAGCAAGGAAUGGAGUCGUCAAAGCUUUCAAAGAAAGCCGAGUAGCAAACCUUCACACUCCAAGUCUGUUUGCAGAAGGGACCACGUGGAGUGACAAGAUUUCUAGUCUGAAUCUUUACCAGCAACCCAGCUGGAUUUUCUGCAAUGGGAGGUCAGACCUUGACAGUGAAAAAUACAAACCCUUAGAUCCAAUUUCCUGGCAAAGGGAAAGAGCUUCUGAAGUCAGGAAACUGAUUUCAUUCCUCACACGUGAAGACAUAAUGCCAAGAGGGAAGUUUUUGGUGGUGUUUCUAUUACUCUCCUCUGUGGAUGACCCCAGAGACCCCCUCAUCGAGACUUUCUGUGCUUUCUACCAAGAUCUCAAAGGAAUGGAAAGUAUACUGUGUAUUUGUGUACAUUCACACAUAUGCCAGGGAUGGAAAGACCUGCUUGAAGCAAGAUUAACGAAACACCAAGAUGAAUUAUCAAACCAAUGUAUUUCUGCCUUAAAUCUUGAAGAAAUAAAUGACACUGUUCUGAAACUAAAAUCUGUAACUCGAUCCUCAAAGAGAUUAUUGCCCUCAGUUGGUUCAUCUACUGUCCUUCUGAAGAAAGAAGAAGAAAUCAUGACUGCCCUGGAAAUUCUCUGUGAAAAUGAAUGUGAAGACACACUCUUGGAGAAGGACAAAAAAAAAUUACUAGAAUUCAAGGCAUCCAAAGAGGAAGACUUCUACCGAGGUGGCAAAGUAUCAUGGUGGAACUUCUACUUUUCUUCCAAAAACUAUUUUUCAUCUUUUGUCAAAAGAGAUAAAUUUGAAAGACUGGAAGUAUCAAUUCAAAACUGUGCAUAUUCUUCUAAAGAAACAUGUACCAAAAUCCUUCAUCUGUAUCAUCAUCCAGGCUGUGGGGGGACUACCUUGGCUAUGCAUCUUCUGUGGGAUCUAAGGAAGAAAUUCAGAUGUGCUGUGCUGAAAAAUAAGAGAGUGGAUUUUUCUGAAAUUGGAGAACAGGUGACCAAUUUAAUUACCUAUAGGGUAGCAGGCCAUCAGGAAUACUUACCAGUAUUGCUCCUUGUUGAUGAUUUUGAAGACCAAGAGAAUGUCUACAUUCUGCAGGCUUCCAUUGAAACAGCUAUAGCUAAAAGGCACAUUCGAUAUGAGAGACCUCUAGUGAUCAUCCUAAAUUGCAUGAGAUCACAAAAUCCUGAAGUGUGUUCAGGGAACUCAGACAGUAUUGCCCUAACACAACAACUGUCUCCCAAAGAACAGAGAGCUUUUGAGCUUAAGUUGAAAGAAAUCAAAAAACAGCAUGAAAACUUUGAAGAUUUUUAUUCCUUCAUGAUUAUGAAAAACAAUUUUAAUAAAGAGUACAAAGAAAAUGUGGUGAGGAAUAUUCUGAAAGGGCAGAAUAUUUAUACCAAGGAAGCAAAGCUCUUUUCUUUUCUGGCUCUUCUGAGUUCAUAUGUGCCUGAUACCACCAUUUCACUCUCACAAUGUGAGAAGUUCUUAGGAAUCUCAAACAAGAAGGCUUACUGGGGAACAGAAAAACUUGAAGACAAAAUGGGCACGUUCUCUACAAUUCUGAUAAGAACAGAGGUGGAAGAAUGUGGGAAAUACUGUGGAGUGCGCAUCAUUCACCCUUUGAUUGCGAUUCUCUCACUGGAAGAAUUGAACAAAAGCUAUAACUUGGAUAAAAGUCAAAUUAUGCUGGAUUUGCUCACAGAAAAUAUGUUCUAUGAUGCUGCCAUAGGAAGAAGCAAAUUUCUCCAAGAUAUGCAAACCCUACUGCUCACAAGGCAGCAUAAUGAACCUGAAGGUGAAACAGGAAACUGGUUUUCCCCAUUCAUUGAAGCAUUACAUAAAGAUGAAGGCAAUGAGGCAGUUAAAGCUGUAUUGCUUGAAGGUAUCAGUCGAUUCAACCCAAAUGCAUUCAUGUGCCAAGCUUUGUCAAGACAUUUCUACCUUAAAGAGAAAGAUUUUAGCAAUGCUCUGAAGUGGGCAAAACAAGCUAAAAAGAUAGAACCUGACAAUCCCAGUAUCUCAAACACACUGGGAGAAGUCUACUAUAAUAAAAUCAUUUGGUUGAUACAAGAAUCUGGAGGAAAUCGGCUUCUUGUAACUGAUGGUACAACCAAUCUUCUGGAAUUAACAGUACAUGCCUCCAGUGCAUUCAAAGAAUCUCAACAGCAAAGUAAAGAUCAAAAAUAUGAAGUGAAGGAAAGACUGUGUCAGAAGUCAAAAAUGAUUUCUGCUACUGAAAAAAUGGAUGCUUUUCUAAGGGAGCUAGAACGUGGAUAUUUCCUAAUGAAUAUUCUGAAUGUGAUUCCCUUUUUUGACAAUAAAAAUGACCUGUCUAAGAGGUAUAUGGUCAAUUGUAUAUCGAGAAAUUGUGAUAUUCUGGGAAAUCCAGAUAAAUUCAAAUUGUUCCUCAAGAACUUUAUUUCUUAUCUAACUUUGUUGCAAUCUUCUUUGGAGAAGUCCUUUGAUUUUUUUCUUUUUGAUGAUUACUUUGUCUUUCUAAAACCCAGGAACAACAUUAAUCGAAAUAAAGAGGCCAAAAUUUACAAGAAGGGAGGUAUCUUUCAAGAAUAUGUAGUUAUAUUUAUUUGUCCCUUAGCAGAAUCACAUAGCAGAGAUGUUGGAUCAAAGCUCCAUUUGCCUUUUCAAGUAGAGAGAAAUCAAGGAACCCUAGAAGCUUUAAAAGCAGACAAGUUUUCUGGGCUCCUAGAAUAUCUUAUCAAAAGUCAAGAAGAUGCUCUAAGCACCAUGGAAGAUAUAGUGAACAAAUAUACUUUUCUCUCUGAACAAUGUAUUGUCAAAAGGCAGCUAAAGGAAAAGCAGAACUUUAUCUUGGCCAACAUCAUUCUCUUUUGUAUUAAACCUGCCUCCAAACUAGUGAAGUCAAUUAAAAAACUGAAGGAACAUCUUCGAGAGGUCUUGCAACAAGUAGGACCAACUUACCAAUAUUCAGAACCUCCUUUCCUAGCUUCACUCUUAUUGUGGUCAGAAAACCAACACCUGGAUCAAGAUUCUAAACAAAGGAAGUAUGCUCAAUCAUUGCAAAAUUAUUUCAGAUGGCAAUAUCAACCUAUAAUCGUACAUAGCAACCUAUUUCAUAUUUCUUUUUCUAAUCCCCCUACUGCAUAUUUCUUUAAUAAAAGAAAACAAUAUGAACAGACUUGUCUGCAAGGAAAAAUCGAUCAAUGCUUUGGAGAGACACCUGAUAUUAAUUCUGUGUGGCAAAGUGGAGAUGUAUGGAAGGACCAAAAAGACCUUUUGCUUCAUGUGCAAGGACAAGCUGAAAAUAAUUGUUUAUACAUACAGUAUGGGAUCAAUGAAAAAAUCACAAUACCCAUCACACCCAUUUUCUUGCGUUCACUGCAAAGUGGCAGGAGCAUAGAAAAAGUAUCUUUUUAUCUAGGAUUUUCCAUUGGGGGCCCACUUGCUUAUGACAUUGAAAUUGUUUAAGAGCCUGAUCUUCCUCCAGGAAGGUGGUCUCAGUACCACUUAAAUUGUUUUAGAUCCUAGACCUAUAUUUUAUAUUGGCAAAUUUAUAGACAUAGCCCCUGACUUUUCAUACCCAUACAAACAAUAUUUAAUUUACUAUCCCAUUAAGCGUUUGGUGAUUCCUACAAAGAUUAUGGUGAAGAAGGAAUGAGGGAGAGAUGUGGAAAGCAGCAAAUCCUUCCCUGGGUUUGGAUAACAUCAUGAAGGACAAAAUAAUAAGGAGCUGUGGAUGGAAUUAAGAGAGACGGACUUAGAAAGUCAGCCAUAUGGAGCCCCACUGCUUCUUUCUUCUUCAAAUGUGACUUUUUUUCAGAAUAAGAAAAAUAAAAUUGUUUUGGUUCCAAGACGUCACACUAUCUGGGAAACGUUUCUCAAAAAUACCUAAAACCUCUUAAGAUGAGAAGCAACAUUUAUUCUGACCAAGUUAAUCUUAAAUGUAUCUUAAUCUUAAAUGUGUUUGACAUUUGGGGGUCUUCUGAGGAGAAGGGCCACCCAGAUCUCUAAAGGUCAUCCCCACAGAAGUCAGCAGAUCUUACCAAAGUAGACUGGGGAAUUAGCUACUGAGUUUAUAAACCUCCCUCCAAACAGACACAUGGAAAACUGCACCCAAACUCCAAAGGUUGUGAACAAGAAGAAUUCUUGUGAGAAGAUUAAUGAGUCCCCCACCCAGGGGAUCACAGUGCACUGGCAACAUUUACAUAUAACCCAUGUGUUGAACAGAUGUAACCAACGAGAUGGAAUCAUGGAUAUCAUCAAUGGCUGCCAAAACCAUUAAAUGGAAUACCGAUUUUAAAGAAAAAACUUUGUAACCGGUAAAUCAGACUGUCCUAAUCCUGUUUGAUAUGAACAUCACACAGACAAUCUGACCUUACAGAGCUGGAAAAACCACAGGAGUGCAUCACCCAUGAGAUGUUCUUGCCAAAUUAAAACUGAAUUUGAUCAACUAGCUCGAUCUCACUUCUCAUUUAAAACAAACACAGAAAAGAAAGAUCAUGUUAAAUACCAGCACAGAUAUGCAAUCAGCAACAUAUCCAGAAAGCAGAAACUCACAGAUCAAAAAAAAAUCUGAUUUUUUUUCAAUCAAAAAGGACCAAAACAAAACAAAAACAAAAGAGAAGGAGUCUAAGGAUUAUAGGAAACUUACCAACUAAAUGCAACACUCAGAUUUUGGAUCAUGAGUUGAACAAACCAAUCCUAAAAGAAAUUAUUAAGCAAUCAGAAAUUUGAACACAAACUAGAUAUUUGAAGAUAAGGUUAUUGUUGAUUUGUUAGGUGAGUUAGUGAUAGUAUGCUUACAUUUUUACAAGUUUAUCUUUUCUUUUAGAGAUAUAUGCUCCAGUAUUUGUGUAUAAAUGAUGUGAUUUACAAUUUGCUUCAAAGUAAUUCUGUGUGGGGUAGUGAGGGUGGUAAAAGUUGGCACAUAGUGUGACUGCCACAGGGACCUCAGCUACCAACUGCUGCAUGAUGGGAACAUGGGAGUUCUUUUGUUUCCUCUAUCCUUUUGACUGUGCUUUUGAAAAUUUGUUAUAAAAGAUUUGCAAAAUGAAGCAUCAAAGAAUGCAAUAGGUUUUUGUCUUCAGAAUCUCAAUUGAAUUUUGUUUGGUUUUGUUUUAAUUUAGUCAUGCAUUUAUUCUAAUUAGGUGUAUAUGACAACAGAAUGCAUUUUGAUUCAUUGUACACAAUUGCAGCACAACUUUUCAUUUCUCUGGUUGUACAUGAUGUAGUGUCUCACCAAAUGUGCAGUCAUGCAUGUACCUAGGGUAAUGAUGUCCAUCUCAUUCCACCAUCUUUCUUGCCCCCAUGCUCACUCCCCUGCCCUCCAUCUCUUUGCCCAAUUAUAGUUCCUCCAUUUUUCCCAUCCCCACCGCCCCAAUUCAGGAUCAGCAUCCACUUAUCAGAGAGAACAUUCGGCCUUUGAUUUAUUGGGAUUGGCUUACUUCUCUUAGCAUGAUAUUCUGCCAAUGCCAUGAUUUUAUUCUCUUUUGAUGCUCAGUGAUAUUCCAUUGUGUGUAUACCACAGUUUCUUUAUCCAUUCACCUAUUGAAGGGCAUCUAGGUUGCUUCCACAAUUUACCUAUUGUGAAUUGAGCUGCUAUAAACAUUGUUGUGGCUGCGUUACUAUAGUAUGCUGAUUUUAAGUUCUUUGGGUAUAGACCAAGGAGUGUGAUAGCUGGUACAAAUGAUGGUUCCAUUUCAAGUUUUCUAAGAAAUCUCCAAACUGCUUUCCAGAUUGGCUGCACCAAUUUGCAGUCCCACCAGCAAUGUAUGAGUAUGCCUUUUCCCCCACAUCUUUGCCAACACUUAUUGUUGUUUGUAUUCUUGGUAACUACCAUUCUGACUGGUGUGAGAUGAAAUCUUAGAGUACUUUUGAUUUGCAUUUUUCUAAUUACUAGAGAUGUUGAACAGUUUUUCCUAUGUUUGUUGAUUGAUUGUAUAUCUUCUUCCAAGAAGUGUUGGUUCAGCUCCUUGGCCCAUUUAUUGAUUGGGCUUUUUAUUUGGUGGGUUUUUUUCGGGGGGUGUUAAAUGUUUUGAGUUCUUUAUAUAUUAUUUAUUUUUUCAAAGAACCAGCUUUAUGUUUUGUCAAUUUUUUGAAGUUUUUCUUUUGUUUCAAUUUCAUUGAUUUCCACCUUGAUUUUAAUUAUUUCCUGUCUUCUGCUUUUGGUGUUGGUUUGUUCUUCUUUUUCUAGGGUUUUGAGAUGUGAUGUCAGGUCAUUUAUAUGUUGACUUUUUCUUGUUUUAAUGAAUGAGCUUAAUGCAAUGAAGUCUGUGGAUGUCUUUGCCAAUAAGAUGACCAAGGCUUAGCAUUUCCUCUUAGCACUGCCUUCAUAGUGUCCCAGAGGUUUUAAUAAGUUAUAUCGGAGUUCUCAUUGACCUCUAGGAAUUUUUUUAUUUCCUCCCUCUCUUCUGUUAUCCAUCAGUCAUUCAAUAGCAUAUUAUUUAGUCUCCAGGUGUUAGAGUAGCUUCUAUUUUUUUAUUUUAUCACUAAUUUUUAAUUUCAUUCCAUUAUGAUCAGAUAGAAUGCAGGGUAGUAUCUCUAUUUUUUUUUUUUGCUAAGAUUUGCUUUGUGGCAUUACAUAUGGUCUAUAUUGGAGAAGGAUCAUGUGCUGCUGAGAAGAAAGUGUAUUCGCUCAUUUAUGGAUGUAAUAUUCUAUGUAUGUCUGUUAAGCCUCAAUUAUUGAUUUUUUUUUUUGAGUUUUAUAAUUUCUUUGUUUACUUUUUGUUUGGAAAAUCUAUCCAGUGGUAAAAGAGGUAUAUUAAAGUCACCCAGUAUUCUUGUGUUGUGGUCUCUUUGAUUCUUGUUGUUGAGAAGGGUUUGUUUGAUAUACAUAGAUGCCCCAUUGUUUGGACCAUAGAUAUUUAUGAUUAUUGUGUCUUGUUGAUGUAUGAAUCUUUAAGUAGUAUGAAAUGUCCUUCUUUAUCACUAGCUUGGUUUAAAGUCCACUUUAACUGAUAUGAAGAUGGAAACCCUUGCUUGGUUAUGCAGUCCAUGUGAGUGAUACAUUUUUUCCCACCCUUUCACCUUCAGUCUGUGGAUGUCUUUGCCUGUAAGACAACUGAGGCUUUUGCAGACAGCAUAUUGUUGGGUCUUAUUUUUUAAUACAAUCUGCCUGCCUACCUAUAUCUUUUGAUUAAAGAGUUUAGACCAAUUAUGUUCAAUACUGUUAUUGACAGAUGACUUUUAUUUUGUUAUUUUGAUUUAUUUCUAAUGUUUAAAUCAGUCUUGAUUCUGCUUUAAUUGACUAAUCCUCUGGUGUAAUUCCUCUCUAUGCUGAUUUUUCAUUUAUAAUUUUAAUUUCUUCUUCAUUAAAUAUUUUCUUGAGGGUAUUUUAUAGCACAGGCUUUCUGGUUACAAAUUUUUUUAGCUAAUGUUUAUCAUGAAGGUUUUUAAUUCAUCUUCAAUUCUGCUGUUUAAUUUUGCUGGGUAUAGUAUUUUUGGUUGACAUUCAUUUUCUUUCUGAGCUUGGUAUAUAUUAUUCCAUGUGCUCCUGGCUUUCAGGGUCUAGUUGAGAAAUCAGUUGAAAUCUGGACUAAUUUACCUCUAAAUGUGACCAGCCAUUUUCCUCCUGCAGUGUUUAAAAUUCUAACCUUAUUCUAUAUGUCAGGCAUUUUCAUUGUAAUAUAUGAUGGAUUGGGUCUAUUGUGAUUUUGUAUAUUUGGAGUCCUGUAUGUCUCUAGUAUUGGAAUUUACAUUAAUUCUUAAGGAUUAGAAAUUUCUCUGAUAUUAUUUCAUUGAAAAUAUUGUGCAUCCACUUAGCUUAUAGUUCAGAGCCUUCAUCUAUCCCAAUGAUUCUUACAUUUGGCCUCUUAAUAUUAUCCUAGAAUUCCUUAAUAUUCUGUCCUUGGUCUCUUGACAUCUUUUCUUCAUGUCAAGUUAAUUUUUUAAAUUUUGCACUUUUUAUUUGAGGCCUGAAAAAUCUAACAAUCUAACCAAUUGUUUUUAAUAUCUUUAUUUUACUUUUAUGUGGUGCUGAGGAUCGAUCCCAGGGCCUCACAUAUGCUAGGUGAACACUCUACUGCUGAGCCACAACCCCAGCCCCAAUCCAUUGAAUUUUUAACUUGGUUCAUUGAGUCUUUCAUUUCUGGAAUUUGUUUGAUUCUUUUUCAAAAUCUCCCUUUGUUGAAGUGAUCUUUCACUUCCUAUAUUUUCUCUCUAAUUGAACUCCUUACAUGUUCGUCUAGCUCACAGAACAUUUUAAGUAUGAACUUUCUAAACUAUUUCUCUGAUAGUUCCUCCAGUGUGGUGGCCAUGGGGUCAGUUGUUAAAGCAUUACAGGCUGGCUGGGACAGUUUGUUACCCUGAUUUUUCAUAUUGUGUGUAGGCUGAAAUCUAUUGGGAUAGUUGUCACUUAUCUUUUCAAAUGAGGUGCUACUUUUUGAGUCUUUCCCUUAAGAGUCUUGGGCUGGGAAAAUAAUCCAGAUAUUGAUAUUUUAAGUCUGUGUGACCUCUGCUAAUCAAUAUCAACACCACUUUAAAGAUAUCACAAACACUAUUUACUGUAAUAAUUUCAGAGCCAAGCAUUGUACUGUUCAAUCUUAAGAGAAAUAAAAUCUUGUUGCUAUGAUUCUCCACUGUUCCUAAAAUCCAAGUCUAAAUUAGUAAUAGAGUUCUGGAAUAUGUCAAAAAAUAGUUACUAAAUUUAGUAAAAUUACUAUAACCUUAAGUGAGGGUUAAGAGAUGUGAAGAACAAAGGUUGGGCAAAAAAGGAGAGGGAAAAAUAGAGACAGAGAUAAAGAGUGAAAGAUAUAAAAGAAUAAGUCCCACCAAGGUAGAAAGUAGAAAAGGAUGGUGAGUAUUUCAGGUAGUAGUAGAUAAUGCAAGAGCAUGAAUAAGGGAUAAGAGGAGCAAGUAUAAACUAGAGCUAAAAAUAUAAAGAUAGAAAGACUGAUUCUAAUUAAUUCCUGAAACUAUUGGAUGAAAUACAUUCAAAUGGGUUGAAGGUACAACAUUGGCUAUGGCAGUAACAACUAUCAUUCAAGUUAAAGUUAUACGAUCAAAGUUGAUAUAGUGUUAUUUAUAGUAACCCAUGUCGAGGCAAAGUAAAUUUAUUGUUGAACUUUGGUUUGGAUUUCAUUGACUGUGGAUCUCCCCAAAGUUGCAGAGGUACAGAAGCCAAUUACUUAUUUGCUGUGGAUCUCCCACCAGUGCUUUGGGUUUCUCAGUGUGGGGGCCUGAAGCUGACUGCUCAGUGGGUAAGUAUUAUGGCUUAGUUGUUUCUAUCGUGUGCUGGAAUUCAGAAUACAGGCUCUGGUGUGUCCCUGUGAUUGCUGUGGGUCACCAUGUACCUGCUCCCUUCUACAGGAUCCCUUUGGUUGGUGAAGAUCCUGGUGGCUGUCUGUGAGCAUAGGAACUCUGGUUGGGGAUGGUUGUUCUGUGAUGCAGAAGUAUUCUGCUGGCCAACAGCACUCUCUGGGUUACUGUAGUGAAGGGACUCAUGUAGUGCGCCUGGGUUCUAGUUUGGAAUGCUGAAGAUUGUGAAUGACACACAUUGAUUCCCUCUGUUGACUCUGUCUAAUGCAGGGUCCCACCAGUAUCCACACAAUGCCCUUUCACUCACCAGUUGUGAUCACAAGUCAGGCUGGGCACCAGUUAAAGUGGGGAGCAGGCAGUUGCUGUCGCCUUGGCUCUGGUAAUUUUCUGCCUUCACUAAUCUCCCUCUGUCUAUGUUUGUUGGUGCCUUCCACUUAAGUUUCCUGGGGUACUCAGGGAACUUAUCCUAGCAGCCCUCUUUCCAUGGCUGCCACCAUCUGGGAACCACAUCUCUAUGUCACUGGAUAUUCAGGCAGCUUCCCUUCCAGAAUCUGGGGGGCAGUCUCUAGGCUUCCCACACUGACACCCCUGACCCCAUUGCAGUAAUUGGGACUGGGGAAAGCACUUUCCUUUGCUUGUGCCCAAAGCUGCCUUUUCAUUCUCUCUCUUGAGUAGAGUGGGCUCAGUGCAGAGCUUUCCACCUUUGCCUGGCUCCCAAGGCUAAGCAGAGCACUGGGUUUGGCACAUGUUCCAGCACAGAUCCACAGUACUCCACCCCCAUUCUUUGCAGAAGGGGGAGGGGUUCAGUGAUUUUCAGCUGGUAGUGGUCCUUCUAGAACUUCUUUCUGACCAGCUUCUUAAAAAGUCCCACUACAGAAGAUUCCCUCUGGUUUAAAGCUGCAAAUUUAACCAGAGGGAAUCUUCUGUAGUGGGACUUCUUAAGAAUCUGGUCGGUAGACCCCAAGCUCAGCUUUCUUGUCACGAUUAGGUGUUAAGCUAUUGGUUCUAUUUUAAGGGCCCUGCUAUUCUUGUCACACUGUAAAUUUUGUCUUCCUGUCCAAAUGUUUUUAAGUGGGUGAGCUUAAGAGACUUCCCCUACCCCCUUUUUUUCUCUGUUGCCCCUCUCCCCUUUCCUCAAUCUGGUUUGGGUUAAGGAUUAGGGAACUUUGUGCUUAUUUUCUACUCUGAUAACCUCUCUUUGAGUCUUUCCAGGUCUCAGACUUUGUAAUAUUGAGUCUUAGAGGGUUUUUUGGUUUUGUUUGUUUGUUAUUUUGUCAGCCACUUUCUCAAUUCUGCUUUCCCUUCAUUGCCUCCUUUCCAUAUUGGGAGGAGAGCAGGACUCACUGCCUUGCUCCCUUUUGCCCUUCCAGUCUUCUCAACUGCCAGUUUUGACAACACCCUGACCCAUACUUCCUGUACCAAAGGUCAGAAGUCUCAAACCAUCGCCCAGGAACAACAGACAGGCAGAUCACUUCAUGAUGAAACUGCCAGCCCCCACCCGUUUCAGCUAGGCAUGACCAUCUCAUGAGAACUGAACCAACCCUCUCCAGGACCACACUUCUGAUAGGUAAACAUCCUGGCCUGGGAAGCAGAGAUCAACAGCAGCAAUUUCCUUGGAACCAGUAAGACUCUGCCACCAGGACUGAGAUAAUGAUCAACCAGACAGGUUUGAUCAACACUGCUCACCUCUCACUCCUGCCCCAACUUACUCUCUAUUUAAACCUAAAGUUCUUGUCAGUCUCCCUGAGGAUAGGGCUGAGAUGCUUAAUCUCACUGUCUUCCCAAUAUGGCUAUAUUGAUUAAAGUUCCUUUUGUGUUUUCACCA